CUUUUUUUUUUUUUUUUGAAGAAUGGAAUAAUAUACAAUAUCCACAAAGCUAGCCAAAAUGAGUAUGAAUAAGAGCUGUCCAUUUUGACAUCAAAGCCUUUAAUCACAAAAAAUACCAUUGCCCUUUGGCGUGUGUGAUAUAUAUUUGUCAGCCAGUCUAAUCAUCUCUGUAUUUGUAAGGGAUUCUCGACAGUAUUUGUCUCUGUAUUUGCUUGUUGGGCUGGCUAUCAAGAGGACUGGAAAGGAAAGAAAGCUAGCUAGAGAGAUGGAGAGGAACAGCCAUGGUGGUGACUCGACUUCAAAACCUGAUAGGAAAACCAUCGAGAGGAACCGUAGAAUUCACAUGAAUACUUUGUGCUUUGGGCUUGCUUCUCUUAUUCCUCAUCACUACUUCAAAACCUCUAAGGAAAAUGUAUCACAACAAGAUCAGCUUGAUCUUGCAGCUGCCUACAUAAAGCAUUUGAGAGAAAGAACAGAGAAAUUAAAGGAGAUCAAAGAACAAGUGAUGAAAUCAAUGGAAGCAAGCAGCAGCAGCAGCAGUAUAAUGAAAACGACUGAACCGGUUGGCGGUUUAAGUUUGCCGGUGGUUGAAUUAAAAGACUUGGGGUCUAGCAUUGAAGUGGUUUUAAUAACUGGAUUGAAUAAAAACUUCAUGUUAUAUGAAGUCAUUAGCAUUCUUCAGCAAGAAGGAGCUGAAGUUGUAAGUGCAAGUUUUUCAACCGUGGGUGGCAAGAUUUUUCACACCCUUCAUGCUCGGGCUAUAAUUUCUAGAGUUGGUGUAGAGACUACAAGGGUAUGUCAGAGAUUGCAAGAACUGAUUAGCUAUUAGUGACAUGAAGAUUUGUGGUUUAAUUAGCAAGUGUAUCAUGCAGACCGUGGUCUGCUUUUUUAUUGAUGGAAAUGAAAUGAGAUGAUUUGCACUUAAUUUGCUAUCCUUUGGUCCUUGAAGUUCUGGAUCAAGGAAAUAUCUGUACCGAUUAGAUAAUUAUACUAGUAUAAAUAAUAUGAUAUCUGUACCCAUUUGAUAAUUAUAC